UUCUUGGAGGUUAGCGCCUACUUUCCUAAUGGCUAGCUGCGACUCUCCACAGCUCAGCCAGUUUGAGGCAGUUUGCAUGACAAUUAACAGCUAGAUCGAACUACAAGAUUGAUAACUCUUAAAACACAGUGAGCUUCAUAUGUUUGUGUCGUUUUACCGAGCCAUGUAACUCUAGCAGUGAGGACUAACGUUAACAAACAUUGGGUCAGUGUUGCGUCUUAUGGACUGCCACUUUCAACCAAAACAAUGUUGACAGACGACCUGUGGACACAUUCCAACAACCAGUCAUUUCAAGGAUGGAUAAAGGUGGAGUGAAAAAGAUAACAUAUAGAAGAGAUGACCAUUUAAGCAAGUUAGUCUACACUGAAAGCCCUGAGGAGGGAGGUCUAUUAAAAGUGGCUCCUCACAGUGCCAUGUCCAUCACCUCAGUCGUUCUUCCAUCCACCCCGUUGAUGCAGCCAGGUCAGGUGCCUAACGGCCUCAGCAACAGCCACCUAACAGAGCUCUCCUCCGCCUCCGUCACUGCCACUGUUGGCCCCUUAUUGGAAGACCCAGAGCCCAGAGGCCUGAUCAAAAUCCAAAAGCUUCACCAGCAGCACUUUCUCCAGACACAGACUUCCACUACGUUCGGGCGUCAAAACUUUAGGGAAAGUUUGCCCCAGUUGCAGGCCAGAACAGCAGAUAUUAACCAAUCCUGCAUGGAUUCACUUAUUGGAGGAUCAGAUCCCAAUUUCUUCCACACGAAAACAGAAGAUUUUUCAAUGGAUAAAGGUGAUCAGGAUCCCAUCGACCUUGAUCAUGCCUUUGAUCACAUUGGAAAAGAUGUUGAUGUGACCCAGAAAUUUUUCACAGACAACACUCUGGACCUGCUCCAAGACUUUGAGCUCUCUGGGUCCCCCUCAGAUUUUUAUGUAGGGGAUGAUGCCUUCCUGUCCACUCUUGCAGCCGAUACUCUGCUUGGAGACGUUAGCUCAGAGAGAGACAUAAAGCCUGCCUUGGUUGAGAGCAUUAACAGCAGUGGGGCAGUCUCAGUUUCUCUCAAUGGCAGCAAUAUGACAAGUCCAGGUCAGUCCAGCCCAAACAUAUCCACAACGUCCUCCUUAACCCCUACAGCCACUUUGUCUGCAAAGGUAAAGAAAGAAAAAGAUGCUGGCUUCAUUCAGCUCUGCACCCAAGGCGGGAUCAAACAGGAAAAGACGUCUGCAGGCCAGAGUUAUUGCCAAAUCAGUGGCUCGGCCUCCACAGCCUCCAUGUCCACAUCUAACACCAUCUCCAUCUGUGGGGUGAGCACUUCAAGUGGACCAAGCUACCACUUUGGAACCACCUCCAGCAGCAAUGGAGCUCAGCAGCAGAAGGAUCCGAAGCCGGUGUCCAGUCUGUUUCUCCCAGUGACGACCAUCGGCGGGGCCUGGAGCCGAAUCCAGAAUAUCGGGGACAACUCCGCCAUGCUCCGGGCCAGUGAGGCAUUCUCCAGCUCCUCCUCUUACCCCAUCAGCUUUUCCAGUUCUACCUCCAGACAGGACAUUGUCCCUGCACAGUCCUCGACAAAAAGUGGGACUCAUAAGAUCUGCCUGGUGUGCUCUGACGAGGCCUCAGGCUGCCACUACGGUGUCCUCACCUGUGGCAGCUGCAAGGUGUUCUUCAAGAGAGCAGUGGAAGGUAAAGGGCAGCAUAAUUACCUGUGUGCUGGGAGGAACGACUGCAUCAUCGACAAGAUCAGGAGGAAGAACUGCCCCGCCUGCCGCUUCCGCAAGUGUCUGAUGGCUGGCAUGAACCUGGAAGCGCGAAAAACCAAGAAGCUAAACCGCUUAAAGGGCGCCCAGCCGAGCAACCCUCCCGAGCUCAAUACCUCUCCUCCAAUCGAGACUCGUUCCCUCUUACCCGUGAAGUCCAUGCCUCAACUUGUCCCCACCAUGCUGUCCCUGCUGAAGGCCAUCGAGCCGGACACCAUCUUCGCCGGCUACGACAGCACCCUGCCCGACACCUCCACCCGCCUCAUGACCACCCUCAACAGGCUGGGGGGCCGGCAGGUCAUCUCUGCCGUCAAGUGGGCCAAGGCUCUGCCAGGCUUCAGGAACCUGCACCUGGACGACCAGAUGACUCUUCUUCAGUGCUCCUGGCUCUUCCUCAUGUCCUUCGGCCUGGGCUGGAGAUCCUACCAGCAAUGCAACGGCAACAUGCUGUGCUUCGCCCCAGACCUCGUCAUCAACGAGGACCGGAUGAAGCUGCCUUACAUGGCCGACCAGUGCGAGCAGAUGCUGAAGAUCUCCAGCGAGUUUGUCCGGCUGCAGGUUUCCCACGACGAGUAUUUGUGCAUGAAGGUGCUGCUGCUGCUCAGCACAGUGCCAAAGGACGGCUUGAAGAGCCAGGCGGUGUUCGACGAUAUUCGGAUGUCGUACAUUAAGGAGCUGGGGAAAGCCAUCGUGAAGCGCGAGGAGAACUCCAGCCAGAACUGGCAGCGGUUCUACCAGCUCACCAAGCUGCUCGACUCCAUGCACGAGAUGGUGGGUGGGCUGCUGAGCUUCUGCUUCUACACCUUUGUGAAUAAAUCCCUGAGCGUGGAGUUCCCGGAGAUGCUCGCCGAGAUCAUCAGCAACCAGCUACCAAAAUUCAAGGCCGGGAGCGUCAAACCUCUCCUCUUCCAUCAAAGAUGAUUGAAGAGGAGAUGCCCCGUGACAGACACAAUGCCUUAAACCCCUCCCCCCCCCCCCCCCCCCUUCCACAUCACCUCCUCACCGAUCCCAACCCCCCAACCCCCCACCCUGAAGAGCGACGAUGUACGGACCGAGGAUCCAAGGCGAGGAGUGAAUGAUGUCUGUGGGAGGGAGUAUGCAACUUUGUGCAGAGAGAGUAGAAACCAGAGAGGUGUGUUUAGAGAAAGGAAUGUGAGGAGAUAAGGAUACUCACAAAGAGAUAAGGGGUUACAUCCAUGUCGUCUCAGGUUUCAUACCGUCAAACAGAACCAUAGAUCAAAUAAAUAUCUAUGUACAGGUUCUGAUAGUAUUUUCUACAUUUUCAAAUUGUAACCGUUUAUACAAUUUUCCAGAUCGUUGUUACCUGGAAGGGGCAAAGCUUAAUUAAUAACAUGCUCUUACGUAGGCUUUUAGACUGUGAGCUCCUCUCUUAGUUGUUAGAGGAGUCAGUAACACAAUGUUUAUCAGUCAUGAGGAGAAACUCUGAAAAAGCAUUGCUUUUAUUGAUACCUUGGACAUAAGAAACAAUCUGUUGGAUUGUUGUUAGACGAUUCCUCCCACAGGCCCGACCUCCUCCAGGUUUACACACGUCUUUACAAAAGGGAAAUAAUAUGUGCCUUUUUGCUUCAUAUAUCAUCCUAGCCAUUUCUUCUUCCUGCUCAGCCCACCAUGGCAUACCUUCAUCGUAUGCUGAUUGUACUUGUUAUGUUACAUGCGGUUUCCUUUUUUAUUAAACGGCUGUGUUUAUCUUAAGAAGUGGCUGCUUGGCCCAUCCUCCGUGUGUAGAAAUGAUCCUUAUCUUUAAGAAAUAAUAUUCGAAGCCUGCUUCCUUCUGCCGCACACUCAACUCCUUAACUGUGUUUUGAGCACUUUGCACCCAGCUUAAGGCUUUAAAAGACUGUGAAGAAAGACUGUUCUGCUGAAUCAGUCUUUACUAUAUAACUUUAGAUGGAAGUUAUACAACUUUUUCUAUAGGAAAUAGCCGGCUUUCAUAUUUAUGUUAGCCCCCCCUCGUGCCCCAGAAGUCUAAUUAUGGAAUGUGUUAGAUACUUGCGUGCGUCUAUCAAUCAGAGAAGAGAGGGCGUGUUUUAUUGUGUUUGCAAGAUUAUGUCAUUUUUUAUUAAUCAGCAAACUAAUUUCUGUGGUUCUAAUGUUGCUUAAACUGGUUGGGAAAUAGCCGUCCUUCAUUUUUAAACGUCUUUUUAUAGUUUUUUUUAACUGACCAACCUGCAGUCAUAUUUCUGCCACUGAUGAUCCUUCUGCGACAGUAUAUCCACGCUUGCAAUGAGCAUCUGACUUUGGAUAUUUAAUUAUUAAAAGCCUUUGCAUUGUUGCUUUGCUAUUUUGUGAAAGGAAUAGUUUGACAUUAGUUGAAAAGCAUUAAUUUGAUUUAUUGUAGAGGAGAUUAAUGUUGUAAAUAUGUUGCUGGAGUCAGACGCCAGUUAGCUUAGCUUAGCAUAAAGACUGGAAGUGAAUAAACCACUGGCCUUGCUCGGUCUAAAGAAGAUGGUCGGACACUUAACCGCCAUCAAAAACAUAAAAAUAUUUUAGUUUUUGUAUUGAUUUACCAAACAAUAUAAUAUGUGUAUACAUGGUUGCGUAUUUUUAGACGAACCCACGCUAGCUGUUUCCAGUUUUUAUGCUAAGCUAAAUAGCUCCUGGCUGUAACGUCAUAUUAAACAUUGUCAGUCUUACCUGUGAUAAAGUGAAAAAGAGCAAAUGCUGAACUAUUCCUUUAAACGGUCUUGUGUGCCAGGCCGCUUUAUGGAUCAGGCGGUGGCAGAUUCAUCACCCUGUGAACCUCCUUGACCUUUGACCCCUCUUGUUUAAGCCUUCUGCUCUUCUAACGCCCUGUAGGCACCUUGUGUUAAUGUCUGUGUGUCUCUAGAACAUCUACAUGUUUACCUGUCUGUCUGUUAGCCAGUGGAGCCCCCAUGUUUGAAAGCACUAAGCCUCAGUCACCUCAUAGAGUCGUGUCCCAGUGAAAGUGUAGCGUCACUGACCGGGGGGCUGGCAGGAUUGAUCCUUUUUAUUCUCUGGGAACUUUUUCAGUGCCAAACUCCUGUCUUGUCUGUCUUUUAAGUGAUGCUGGAAGUUGGUCAGUGUUUGCAUCAAAAGCAGGAAGCGAGUCCCAGUAUUGAAGCUUAUGCUUAAGUUUGAAAUGUAUGAGCUUCUGUGAUUGAGGUCGUCAUUAAUGAGCGAUUACUUUUUGUUUGUAACACAAGGCACUCACAGAUGUGUUUUGCCAUCACACAGAAUACCGUAGGUCUGUCAUUAUCCCUUUCUUUGUGUGUUGUGUAAGUGAGUGGGAGUUUUAACCCAUUUUAAUCAGAUCAGUUUGUCAUGUUAUGUGUUUAAAGCACAGAAAUAAUCCAGGUUUUGACAUGAAUGUUGACCCUAAAGGGGAUUUAUUUUAAAUAUAAACAAAAUGCUCUUGACGGAUUAAAGAUGACGCCCUGUCAGUUUAAAAUAAUUGGAUAAAUAGGUCAAGUAAGCGACUACAGAGUGCUCAUUUAAGAAUGGAAAAUGUCAAAUAGUUUUUGCUGUUGCUAGAUUAUCCCAACAACAAACAAGAAAGCAGUCAUUAUAAAUGUUGAACCGCUUCCCAUGCUCAGGUUGUUGAAAUGAUUCACACAGUGCGUGGUUGUCCAUGUUUUAUGUCCUGACUUUAAGAACCAAAAAGAGUCUGUCUGCAUCCCAAAAUGUUUCUGCUUCUGUGAUUUAGGGUGUGUAUUUUUUUUGUCAGGAUUACAAACGUUUUAAGAAGGUGCUGCCACCGUCUCUUUCAUACUUCGCCUCAGAAUAAUAUACAAGUUGUUCUUUCAGAUGUUUAUUCAAAACCAUGUUCAUUAACUGCAUAGUGAUUACUCAUGGGUUACUUUCACAUUCAGUGAAUCCAAAACUCUGCUGCUGCUCAUUUUAACAGGAUUAUAUAUACUAAUGUAUAUCGCACACUUGCCUCAUAGCUCAAAAAUGUAUUCUUAUUUACUUUUUAGUACAUUUCUGAGGAGGACAACUGAAUAUGCAAUAGAAAUGACAGCUCAUCUGUCAUGGUCACAUUACAAAAAAUAUGGUCACUUCCUCUUUUUUUUCCAGUAUAAGCUAUUUGCAUACAGGAGAUUCACAUUUAACAAUAUCUCUGCAGGUCAGAUUUUCAGGAAAUAAUACACUUUGUCAAUAAUAAGUCUACACGGACUGAACACAAAGCCUAUUUUUUGUUUGACUACAAGGUGACCAAAGCAAACACAGACAAACUCAACACGUGUCGGUUUAAACUAUGUAGCUACUAGAAAACAAAUGUACAGUUCGUUGUUUGUUUUUUUUAAACACACAUCUUUUUACUCUUACGUGACAGCUUUGGUCAAAUUGUGUAAUACUGUGAAUAGGAUAGGAUUCAGUCUUUUCACACAAACUGUUUGUGAAAGUAAUCAACCAGCGUGAAUCUAAAAAAAGAAAUUUGCACUACCCAAAUAUUGUUUGAAAAUCUAUUUUGUAUAAAGCAUAUGCAGACAUUUCUGAAAUAUCAAGGGCCGAUCAUGUUUCACUGGUAUAUGCUUUCUCUAAAAAUAAACUUUGUUUUGCUUAAAAAUUUGAAUAUGUACAUAUAAUCCAUUGUAAAGAAAACGUGGUGUAUUUGUCUCCAAAUAAUAGUUUUUCUAUACCAACCCCUCUGUAUUAUUUCUCCUGUAGUGUGUCUCCUGUUGAUCUUUUCCUCCAUUGAUUAAAGGUCAAACUGUA